GUGUUGUGAAACCGAGAAACGUUUCGUAUGUUUCAGUAGGUGGAUCUGGGCAGUUCCAGGAGAAGCCGAAAAAACACGUGGGCAAGGACGAAAUCGUAAACGAAAAACAUGUUUCGUAGGUAGAGAUAGUAGUCGAAGACUUGUAUUAACCAAACCGGUCAUCGCAAAAAUCUUGAAUUCGAUUCUUGAACCGAGGAGGAUGCUUGAUGCAAAACCUAUAAAACAAGCUCUAAAUGACGCACAGAGAAAGCGCAAUAGAGAAGUGGGAAAAAGCCAAGGAUCUGACAAAGUCCGCUCGCAUGAUUCUACUGAAAAAUCGUCCAGUAAGAAGCAGAAGACAUCUAAGCUUAUCGAAAAGUUAGCAUCACCUGCAUUGACCACCACUGCCACAGGUAAUUUAACUGCGAUUAUUACGGCUGAGGAACAAAAUAGCAGUACAAAUCAAGAAAUUAUUAGGCGAAAUUAUUCGUUUGAGGAAGAACUUGAAAAUAUGUUUGACAGAUUCAAAAGCAUUUAUAGAGAACGUAAGGCUCAUCAAAGAAGUUACAAAACAGCUUCCAAGUGA